AUGCGGCAGAUUACGAAGCUGAGUCUAGUGAUAGGACAGCUGCUCCUGGCUGAAGUAGUUACCAGCCCCCUCCAGACUCCCGUGUCAAGCAAGGUGGGAAAGGCAAACAAAACAUCAAGGCUGACAAAGUGCAGCAGAUCUGGACCACAGACUCCGGCUUUCAAUGUGGGUUCUCCUUCUGGGGCUAAUCUUACUCCGGCCGGACCUUGUCGUUUUGACAGCUCCCUAGGAUCUGCCUUGAAGCAGUUGCCAAGAGAAAAAAUUCAAUUAGCCACAAAGUUUGGUAUUACUGGAACCGUUGACCCUCCUGCUAUUGCAAUCAAGGGCACUCCUGAAUAUGUCCGUUCAGCCUGCGAAGCUAGCUUAAAGCGUCUUGGUGUGGACUACAUUGAUCUGUAUUACCAACAUCGGGUGGACACUUCAGUGCCUAUAGAGGAAACUAUUGGUGAGCUGAAGAAACUGGUGGAAGAAGGGAAAGUAAAGUACAUCGGUUUAUCAGAAGCUAGCCCGGACACAAUAAGGAGGGCACACGCAGUUCAUCCCAUCACUGCUGUACAAAUGGAGUGGUCCCUCUGGACUCGUGAUAUUGAGGAAGAGAUUAUUCCACUUUGCAGGGAGCUUGGCAUAGGUAUAGUUCCGUAUAGUCCUCUUGUAAAAAAGCCCUACCAGCUUCUGAAUGUUUGGAUUUUGAGGGAAUAUUUGGAGCUUGAUAUGCAAAUCAAUGAUCCUCGAGAGAAUUUCAAGUUUGCUCUUGAGCGUAUAAUUGAUGAUUUUAUAUUUAUGUGCUUUUUUGCUGGAAAUGAUUUUCUGCCCCACAUGCCAACUUUGGAAAUUCAUGAGUGUGCAAUUGACUUGCUGAUGACUGUCUAUAAGAAGGAAUUCAAAAAUCUCGGUGGUUAUAUGGUUGAUAUGCUCCGGGUCAAUGACAAGAAAUCAGGAUACAUCAAACUAUCCAGGGUUGAGAAAUUUAUUCUUCUUGUUGGUGCUUAUGAAGAUAAAAUUUUCAAGAAAAGAUCAGAACUACGUGAGCGUAAACUCAGACGUCUUUUCCUUAAUAAAGAUUUUCUAGAGGAUGAAAUUGAUGCUGGAAGUUCAACUACUGAUUCAAGCAGUACUUGUGCAUUGCCUAAUGGAGAAGAAUCCGAAGCUCUGUCACUUGGGACGUUUGAAAAUCUGCGUUCUCAAAUAAUAGGAAAUACAAAGGAGUUUAAGCAGAAACUGAAAGAUAGCAUCAGAAGGAAAUCUGAUCUGUUUAAGAAUGGUGAUUUAGGGACGGACAAAGUACGAUAUGCUGCUGCAGGCUACAAGGAAAGAUAUUACAAAUACAAAUUUUCUGCUGAAGGGCCAGGGGAUAUUGAAAGCAAAAGAAAGCAAGUAGUAUGUGUGGCUUUCAUAAAUUUUAUCUUAUACUUCUGUAGUCCCUAGGGUGUAUUGUUUUCAUGGUAAGAUGAUGAUGACCGUGCUAUAAGGGUAACGUUGGAAUAGAACUUAUAAAAUAAUAUAAAUAAGGGCCGGCUUACUAUAUGAUAGUACUUUUUAGCAUUUGAA